AUAUCAAGCUGAACUAUCUGAAUCGAGCUGUUAUCGAUAUUUGGCGCAUACUUUCACACGUUGCCAACGCGCAUCUCUAAUGCAUUUGUGUAUGCAAUAGAAACGUUCGUAGGCUAAGUAAAAAGAGUAUUUAUAAUAGAUUACAUUACAUUAUCGACAUGGAAAACUUGAUUUUACGGCGAGGGACGAGUGCUAGCAGUAACUUCAAUAAUAUGACCGAUGAGCAGCUGCAGGAAUGGCACACAGCGGUUCUAAGCGAGGCUCAGCGUGAGAAUUACGUGAAUCACAAUCUGGAAAUUGUGCGUCAUUAUCGCACCGAGGCGAUCUCUCGAGCGCCCGCCUUUGACAUCGAGCGCAAUGCCAUAGACGCUGCCAUUGCGCGCCAUGGUCUGUAUGCGUCCAAUGCUAGCGCCAGCGAGAGCAGCGCCUGUCCAGAGCCUGUGGCUGGAGCACAAGAGGAAGCGCAGCCGCCACCCCUGCGCCGUCCACGCAUGGAGCAGCCAGAGCAGCAGCAGAAGUCGGAGCAGCAGCAGAAGGCGGAGCAGCAGCAGCAGCAGCAGGCUAGCAAUAGCAGCUCGGCUUCAGCUCAAGCUGGCAGCUAUGGCCACUAUGUGGCGCUGGCUCACAUAUUCUCUGAUACAUUCGCUGGAGGCGGCAGCGGAGCAACGGGCGCAGCCAACAGCAACGCCAGUGGCAGUGCCAAUGGCAGCACCAACAACAACAACAACAACAAUGAGCCCAGUGAUGCCGAAAUAAAUGAUAUAGCGAUAACCAAGACCAUUGAUAGCCUAGGCCUGCGUCGCACCUAAUGAGGCGAAAGUACACUUAAUUAUAUAUUUAAGUAUCAUAGAUGUAUUUAUAUAGGUAUAUAUAUACAUAUAUAUAUACAUAUUGAAACAAAUUGUUAAACGAGAUCAUAAUGUGCAAGAAUUGUUUAGAUCGUCUAAUGUAUAUUGUAUUUAUUUAUUUGUAGCGUUAUCCAUCAAACAAUUUCUGAAUCGAAAACGAAGAACGUAGCUGCUAUUUUAUAUAUAUAUUUAUAUAUACAUAAAUAUAUAUAUAUAAUAUAAUAUAAUGUAAAUAAUA